AUGGGGUUCGGAUUAAAGAACAUCUUUUUACUGUUUACAAUAAUGGCAGCCAUGUUUUCAUCUUCUUCAUCUGCUCAAUCUUGUUCUAACUACGCCUUUAAAACCAACAACAAAGUGUUCAGUGCCUGCAAUGAUCUUCCAGUUUUGAAUUCUUUUCUUCAUUACACAUAUAACCCAUCUUCCAAAACCCUAAAAAUCGCUUAUCGGCGCACAAAUAUCGAUCCUUCAAAGUGGGUUGCAUGGGCGAUCAACCCAACUUCUAAAGGUAUGGUUGGUUCACAAGCACUGGUUGCUUUCCGGCAAUCGAACGGGAAGAUGAGGGUGUAUACUUCACCGGUUACAGGUUACAGUACGCAGUUGCCGGAAGGAGAUCUAAGUUUUCCGGUGAGUGAGUUAUCGGCGGCGUAUUCAGAUAAAGAGAUGAUUAUAUUUGCGACUUUGGGUCUGCAAAAUGUGAGCAUAAUUAACCUGAAUCAAGUUUGGCAAGAUGGUGGAGUUUCUGGAAAUGCUCCAAUGGCGCAUGUGACAUCCGGUGAUAAUGUUAAGUCUAUGGGAACCCUAAAUGUUCUUUCUGGACGAUCUGGAAGUGCAGGAGGAAGUAGUUCCAAAACCAAGAAAAGAAAUAUUCAUGGUAUCCUAAAUGCAAUCAGCUGGGGGAUCAUGAUGCCUCUAGGUGCUAUAAUGGCAAGAUACAUAAGAGUAUUCCAAUCAGCUGAUCCUGCUUGGUUUUACCUUCAUGUAACUUGUCAAACCCUUGCAUAUAUCAUCGGAGUCGCAGGUUGGGCCACCGGAAUCCGGCUAGGCACCCAGUCUCCAGGCAUUCAGUUCACUUCCCACAGACUCAUCGGCAUCAUCCUCUUCUGUGUCGCCACCCUCCAGGUGAUCGCUUUGCUGGUGAGGCCAAAGAAGGAUCACAAAUUCAGAAUUUACUGGAACAUCUACCACCAUUCACUUGGGUAUGGCAUCAUCAUUCUAGGAAUCAUCAAUAUAUUCAAAGGAUUUGAUAUUUUAAACCCAGAAAAGAAAUGGAAGAGAGGUUAUACCGGAAUCAUCAUAGUGGUGGCUGCCAUUGCAGCAGUUUUGGAAGCUUACACAUGGGUUGUGGUUUUAAGGAGGAACAAGGCUGCAAACAAGGAGAAGAUGAUCAUGAGGAAUGGUAGCAAUGGAAAUCAUAAUCGAUAUGGUGGAGUUACUAAUGGAAAUUGAGUUUAUAGGACGCCAAUAAAGUUCAAAUGUUUUAAUAGAAUGUUUUACGGGACUUAAGUUUAUAGCACCAAAAACAAUAAGACGUCAUAUCUGAAAGUG